CAACGCACCGCGACCAGCAGAUGUUCACUAAACAUUGUUUUAUAACGUGAACUAAACCCAAGGUCGCUGCAGUUUGCCAUCAACCAUUAGCCCAUUCAAACGCGCGUUUUACCAUCAUCUUGAUACUAUUGUACUUACCACACGUUUAUUAUUCCAACAUCAACAACAUAGCCGGCAACAUCACCGUUGUCGCCGACGCCGCCUCGAUAGCCGUUACACGCUCGCGUCUCCCUCUCUUUUACAUGCCCUCCCCUUAAUAUUUUACCAUCGCUUUUUAUUAAUUUUAUUACCAACGCCGUUCAACUGUAUCUUCGUCUUUUAUGUGUGUUCGUUUUUUAACGCAUAAAACCAAAAUCGACCAGUCCGUUCCGUAAUCCGGCCCCCCCUCUCCCAAAGGUUUGUUUUUUUUUCUAACCCCGAGUCGACCGACGUUCGGUCGUAGGAGGGCCGCAACAGUGCCGCAAUGGAAUGGUACCGCGAACAGACCAUUCAGCUGAUCGACUUGUUCCGGGCUCGGCCGGCCCUGUGGGACACCAGUUCCGUGCACUAUCGGAACAAGCGGAUGAAGAAUGAGGCGCUGGAGCAGAUCAGCGCCAAACUCAAGUGUCCGAAAGAGGAGGUGGCCAAGAAGAUCUGCACGCUCAGGGUGCAGUUCAGCCGCGAAAAUGUCAAGGUGAAGCGAGCCCGUGAAGCCGGUACCAUGUACAACCCCAAAUGGUUCGGCUAUCAGUUGCUGUGCUUCCUCAACGACCAGUCGCGGUACUCGCUGGGAUCUGCCGGCGGCGUGCCGAACUACGCGGCCGCCGUCGCAGCCGUCCACGCUGCUGCCGCCGCCGCCGCAGCCGCUCAGAACCAGGAUGGCGAAAACCAGCAGUUCCAAUGGGGACCAACGUCCGAAGACAGUUUCAUGGAAGCCAACGACACGAACACGAGUAGCUACGAGGCGGACAGCGUGCAGGCGUCCAUGAUGAACGAGACCAAGGACGAAUACCAUCACAUGGACCAGUACCAAGAGCCAAUAGUGGACGUGAAAGAGACGCAAAACAAUAUUUCGUGGUCGUACGGCCGGAAAAACCGGACGCAGCCCGAAGACACAGACGACGACGAUGACGGCGGUGGCGGCGGGGGAGGUGGCGGUUACAGGAAGGUGUUCCGGAUGUCCCGACCGGAGACGGACGAGUUCAGCACGUUCUCCGACUACGUGGCCGAGCGGAUGCGCAACCUGAAGGCAGACAAAGCGCUGCAGCUGAUGGCCCGGCGGGACAUCGAACAAGUGUUGUUCAAGUACGAAAUGAAGCUGUUGGAACAGAAACGCGACACCCAGCAGCCAGAGACCGUGAUGGCGGCCACCACGUCCAAGUCGCUGUCGCCGACGCCCACCAGCGACUCGGAACAGCAAUAGCCGCUACGCAUGUACCAACUGGACGCCGACCUUUGAUGUGGUUAAUACCAUACGUAUUAUUUAUAUAUGUAUUAUACAAUCUAAUAAUGGCGUUGAUUAACGUAAGACAAUGAAAAGAAAAAUUACAUUACACUAUUAUGUU